AUAGCAAAAAGAACAACUGAUUAUGUAUACAGGUAAACAUCAUGCACAACAGGUCCAGCCUUGCUAGUAGGAGGGGACCACAGAAAACCACAGAGAGGCACACAAAGUGUCAGAGACUCUUUUUGAAGCAAGGUGAGAACUAGAAAAAAAGAAGACAGUUUAUAGAAUAACCACCAUGAAUUGCACAACUUGUGUUCACAAACCCUAAAACGGUUAGUCAUAGAGUCUACAGUAGAUCUUCUACAUGCUUUGCAAAUUCUUUGGAGAGAGAAAAUAGGAGACGUUCUAUAGAAGAUUGACUAUAUCCAUCUUGACAAUGACACCCACCUUAUCACAAUGGUUGAGAGACUACUUGGAGGAGCGGCGGAUUCACAGGAACCGUCUGGUCACCAAAGAUGGCCAUUGCAACAUUGAGUUUGGCAAUGUGAGGUACAGCAAUCGCAUUGCCUACCUGCUGGACUUAUGGACCACCAUCUUGGAGUUCCGUUGGAGUGUUGUCCUCUCCUUAUUCACAGCCUCCUUCCUCCUCAGCUGGUUCAUUUUUGGACUCAUCUGGUUUUGGAUCGCUCACGAUAACGGAGACUUAUGGUGGCAAAACCCUCCAGAUGACCAUAAUCCUUGUGUAAUAAAUGUCAUUGGCUUGACCACUGCCUUCCUUUUCUCUUUCACGUCUCAGAUGACCAUCGGCUACAGCAUACGAGUCAUCACCCCAGUUUGCCCUGGUGCAAUCACUGUCCUCGUUAUCCAGACUCUCAUUGGGACAAUUGUCAAAAGCUUCUGGUGCGGAGUGGUCAUUGCCAAAAUGUCCUUGCCUAAGAAAAGAGCCAAAACCAUCAACUUCAGUAAGGUGGCUGUCAUCUGCCCCAGAAACGAUGCCUUGUGUUUGCAGAUACGAGUGGCCAACCUGCGCAAAUCUUUGCUGGUCGGGAGUCAAAUCUAUGGCAAGUUGCUCCGGACGACUGUCACGCCUGAAGGUGACACCAUCAUUAUGGACCAGAUCAGCAUUGAUUUCACGGUGGAUGCUGGGAAGGACAACUUGUUCUUCAUCUGCCCCUUGACCCUAUAUCAUGAGAUUGACAAGACGAGUCCAUUCUUUGAGAUGGCGGUGAACACUCUGCAACAGCAGGAAUUCGAGUUGGUGGUGUUCCUGGACAGCACCGAUGAGUUCACCAAUUUUUCCUGUCAGGUCAGGACUUCCUAUAUCCCUCGAGAGAUCAUGUGGGGCUACGAGUUCCUCCCCAUCAUCUCCCGCAGCAAAGAGGGAACCUACUCUGUGGACUUCUCUGAGUUCACCAAAGUGAUGCCUGUAACAACUCCACACUGUGCCGGCUGCUUCCACAAUGAGAAAGCCCAUUAUUAUGACCCCAGAGAUGGCACUGACAACCCAGUGUUUGAAGUCAGCGAAAUUCCAAAUCAGGAAGAAGGAACAUCUGUAAAUUUCCGAACAGUCCGCAAAAAAUCGUAAAUGUUUGCCCCUUGACAAAUCUGUCCAAUUGUUUUAGUGUCUGGAAAACAUUUAAUUGAAAGUACCACAAGUGAAAUUGGUUCUGUCAGUUCAGAUUUCUGUGCAUAAGCCUUUACAAGUUUUCUGUAUUUCUAAACUUCUAAACUACCUUUUUAUUGGCAGUAACUUUUUAAUACUUUGUAGAAUAGAGGAAAUCACCAGUGAAAACCCAAGAGAGUCAAAACUGAGCUGAGUUUUUCAGCAGUUAAAUGAAUUAUGUUACUGGUUAAGUGAUUUUUAUGUGUCUUCAUGUAUCAUGUAUGCCUUAUAUUGAUAUGCAAAUA